GGCUCACGCUUAUCAAGAAUCCCAGCCCAACGUCCAAGGGCUGCGUGGGCAUGCUGAUCAAGGACCAGUUCAUCUUGACGGCGGCCCAUUGCGUCGAGGGCCCUGGCGCCAACCCCAUGGUGAUCGUGGGGGCCACCAGCGUCGAAGGUCCCCACGCUGAGCACGGAGGGCAGGAAGUGCGGACGGAGAUGACAUUCGUGCACCCGCAGUGGACGGGAAACGUGGAAGACGGCCACGACCUUGCAUUACUAAAGCUGAACCGAAAGCUCAACGCCUCGUCGCCGACCCUCGUGGACCGCAAGCACGAAGGAAUCCCCAGCAGCACGCGCCUGGGAUCCCAGGUGUUCGGCUUUAUGUUGGGAAGCAACCUGGAAACUGCUGCGUUCAACGUC